AUUCGUUCGAGUGUCUGUCAACUCCCACCAGCAAGGAGUGCGUAAGCUGUGACGUCAGCCAGCAACUAGGAAAGCCCGCCCCCUGUGAAUUGGGCUUGCUCUCCGGGAGGCGGAGGGAGAGAAACAAUUUCAAGAUGGCGGCGACUGAGGCGCGGAUAACAAUGGGAAGCGGGAGGCUUGGGUGGCUCUGGGCCUGAGCUGAGGGCAGGGGAGGGGAGAGAAGGCUGGUCGCGGCGCUCCAGGCUUGAACCAGGAAACGGAGCUCGGUCGCGUGCGGUGGCAAGUGCGGCGCCCCCGCCUGGGAAGGGCGGCAGCGGCAGCAGCAGAGGAGGGCGAAGAAAGUUGCUUGAAGACUGCCCGCCCGGUGUCCCGUCCCGAGCCGCCAGCUAUGGCGGUGUGAAGAGCAGCCUGCUUGGUGCGGAGUCCUGCUUCUUCUCUCCCCCAACCCAGUUCUCGGCUCAUGGUUCUGCCCCCUUGCCCGAUGGCGGAGUUCGUGGUGCCGCGGCAUAGCGCGGUGAUGGAGCGGCUCCGCCGGCGGAUCGAGCUGUGCCGGCGGCAUCACAGCGCCUGUGAGUCCCGCUACCAGGCCGUGUCUCCUGAGCGCCUGGAACUGGAGCGCCAGCAAACCUUCGCCCUUCACCAGCGCUGUUUGCAGGCCAAGGCCAAGCGGGCCGGGAAGCACCGCCAGCCGCCUCCGCCGGCAGCACCCCAGCCAACGGCCCCGUCGCAGCCUGCUCUCCCCGCUCCAGCCCCGGGUGCCGUGGGCUCUACCUCUGCUUCUUCCGACAGGCCCGGAAUCAACGGCCUGGAUGCCGACACCGCGGGCGGUGAACAGCAGCAGCAGCAGCACGGCCGCAGUAGUGCUCUUAUCGCGCAGCUUCAUGAGACAGUGAAAAGGAAACUUGAUAGUUCAGUUUCCCCUCAGAAUGGCGACCAGCAGAAUGGCUAUGGGGACAUGUUUUCUGUGCCCAAGAAAUUGCGCCAUGAUGAUGGUCUUGGUGGAUUGAGUGGCUCUUCCAAUGGAAUUCCUCCUGUUUCACCUCGGCACCAGCUUGACAGCAAAUCUUCCAGUGGAGACACUUUACAGCUUAAUGGAAAACAUUCCAUGGGGCUAGAUGGUAUUAGCAAAAAGUGUCUGCCAGACCCUAACCUUCAGUUGAAUGGAAGCAAUGAUGCUGAUGACUCAUUCGCUAUAGCUAUUAACAAGGAGCUCAAACAAGAACCAGAUGACCUUCCUUGUAUGAUUGCCGGAGCAGGAAGUUCUAUAUCUCAGAACAACUUGAUGUCUGAUCUUAACCUUAAUGAGCAAGAGUGGAAGGAACUCAUUGAUGAACUUAACAGAUCAGUGCCUGAUGAAGACAUGAAAGAUCUAUUUACUGAAGACUUUGAGGAGAAGAAGGAUGUUGAUCCUUCAAAUUCAGCUGCACAAACUCCAUUACCACAAGACAUCAUUAUAAAGACUGAAUUUUCCCCAGCAGACUUUGAGCAAGAGCAGAUGGGAUCUCCACAAGUCAGAUCUUCUUCUUCUUCUGGCACAACAUACAUGGGGACCUCUUCCGUACCUGUUAGUGCUGCUUCUCCAGCCGCUGGUAAUUCUCAAAGUAUGUUUCAGCCUUCCAAUCAGUCAGUGACUGAAAAUCCCAACCAGUCAAUGAUGCAGUCAUCAAACCAGCCUCAAAACGUGCAGAGACCUCUAUCUAGUUCAUUGCUAUCUGGACAGAGUACGGGGAGUGCCAAAGAGAUGUCAUCUGCUAAACAGCUCCAGCAGAUCGCUGCCAAGCAGAAGCGAGAUCAGCUGUUACAGAACCAACAACAGGUCCACCAACCCAACCAGAUUUCCAGCUGGCAGCAGUCUGGACCAUCUCACAGUCCAUUAGCUGUCCCAUACACUAUUGAAAAUCCAACUAGUCCUUCAGUUUACCAGCAGGACUUCAGUAACCAGAAACUCAUGAUGUCCAAUAUGCCAAACAAGAGUUCUCCCAGGGCUGGAGGCAAUUUCCAUGGUGGAAAUAUGCUAAGUCAUCAGCCAAACAGCUUGAACCAGACUUCUGUAUCUAGUCAAAGCUCUGUACUAGACUAUGGGAACACGAAACCUCUUUCCCAUUACAAAGAAUGUGGUCAGGGAGUGACUAUACCUGGACAGAACAAGACUCCUAUGUUGGCAUAUAUGCCACAGCAGCGUCAACAACCCACAUUACCCCAUAUGAAUGAUGAGCAGAAUGGGAUGUUUGUAAUGAAGCAGAAACCUGGAAAUAUUGCUUAUAGACCUCUAGUACCACACAGUCAGGAUCAGAAUCCUUCUGCGAGUGUUCCUCGCAUUCCUGUUUCUGUUCCUGGCCCUGGUGUGAAUGCACAGCCUCCCAAUGUUUCCAUGGCAGGUAACCAUGGUAACACAGCCUAUCUCAACAAUCAGCAACAAGCAGCUGUAAUGAAGCAGCACCAAAUGCUGCUAGAUCAGCGGGAACAGCAACAAAAGCAUUUGUUAAUGGAGCAACAGAAACAGUUUCUAAUGGGACGUAGGCAACUUCUUGCUGAGCAGGAGAAGCAAAGGCACCAUCAGGAGCAGCAGCUCCAGAGGCAUCUGACCCGACCUCCACCUCAGUACCAAGACCAGACCCAGAAUCCAUACCAACAGCAGGUCGGGCAGUUCACAGGCUCAUCUCCAGCUAUGGCAGGGGUAAAUAAUUUAGGCCAGUCGAACUCCAGCAGUCCACGCAUGUUUCCUCAAACCCAGAACAUGAUCCAGAUUGGAGCAGGGCACAGUUCUGUCUCAUCAAAUUCUGCUCAGCAGGAUCGAGGUGUGACUCAAUAUACCAGCAUGCAGAACAUUCAGAGAGGUGGUUUGUAUAACAUGGCACCUGGUAUGACACAGAUGGUUCCGCAGCAUGCAAAUCCAAGUGCCAAUGGACAGCCACAGAUGCAAAGACAACCCGGCUUGGCUCAGGGCACUGCUCUUCCUGCUGGAUAUGGACAGAGCAGCCUAGGAAAUGCAAGCAUUUCUCAUCAACAUAGUAAAGGAGCACUGAAUUCUACUUUAUCCAAGCCCCAGAUGGCAAGAAUGCCAACAGCUAUUGGAGCUCAAAACCCUUCAUGGCAGCACCAAGGUAGGUCAAACAUGAACAACCAGGCACAAGGAAAUAGUGGUUUAGGAACAUUUACUGCCAGCUCCACUUUCCAUAUGCAGCAGACUCACCUAAAGAUGACCAAUCAGCAGUUUGCGCAAGGGAUGCCUCAGGUAAGCCUCAACACCAGCAGGCCAAUGGCCUCCAUGAACUCUGCUGUCUCUGGACAGAUGUUGUCAUCCAUAAGUGCUCAGCAGAGGACAAAUCCUCCUACCCAACAGCCGGUCCCAUCACAACAGGUCUUGCCGGGCAUGAGUCAAGCUGUCCCAGACCUGACUACUUUCAGCCAGAAUCAAAAUCAGCAACUACCCAACAGAGCCAAUUUGCACUGUAGUCAAGGUUACCCAGUGAGGACAGCCGGUCAAGAACUGCCCUUUGCCUACAGCAACCAAUCUGGUAACAAUGGACUGCAGAGCUUAACAGGGGAUACGGACAUCAUAGACUCUUUGUUGAAAAACAGGACUUCAGAAGAGUGGAUGAAUGACUUGGAUGAGUUGUUAGGGAAUCAUUAAAAUAAGGUUUUUGGGAGGGUGGGUUCCUGGAUCUUUUUUUUUUUUUUUUAAAUAAAUAAUUAUAAACUAUCCUUGGACCAAAUACCUGUGGCAUUGAGCAGAUCCACAGGCACUAGUGGGAAUAUAUUGGAGCUGCUCCCUUCUGGGCUUAACAUGUGAGAAUGACACACCAGUUGGAUAGGAAAUAAGUUUGUUCAUUUUUGUAGCAUGUCAGGAACACUGCACAUGAAAACAGUCUCAGUCUGUUUGGUGUGCAUCCUAGCCAGCCCAUCAGAAAUCUCACUUUUAUCGUGUUUUGAAAUCAAAAACUUGAUUGCAGACCCAUUUGAUGGUGUAGAAAGUAAACAAGUAAGAAAGACUACAAAUAUUCAGUGUUAAGGCAGUCUUUCCUGCAGCUUAGUACUCAACAGCUUCUUGAUUCUAACUUGGUCUGCCAUCUAGUAAAAGUAGCACCUGCCAUCCUUCUAUGAGGCGAGAAUGCACAACCCUGUUUCUUUGCAGAAUCCUCUCUAGUUUUGAGAAGACAGUCUUCUGAUCACCAAUGAUAGUGCUUGCAUUUUCAGCCAGUAAGAUGUGUGAUUUCACAGUAAUAAUAGCUAAUUGCUUUCUGUGCUGGAGAUUGUGAAGUUUUAAAACCUGUCCAGCAGUUGUUUCCUAUACACAUAAACUGGGGACCUCAGUCUUAAUUGGCUUUAUGGCUAAGCAAUUUGCACUCUGCUGAGGAGGACAACUGAGCUUUUGGUUUUUUAGAGGUCCCCUCACCCCCAAUCAGAGAAUCAGACGUAAGAUCAAGUGUGUGCACUUUUCUAUCUGCUUUCCAGCAUUCAUAUAUGAAAUCAUAUAUAUCAAUUCAUAUGUGAUCGAUCACAGCUUAUUUCUCUGCAGUUCACAGGGCAUUUAUAAUUAACAAUUGUUUGGGUUUUGUUCUUUUGGUCAUAUCCCACAUAUGCUGUACCAAUAAGCACAGGACCUGCUACUUUUGGUCAGGCAUAUGAAGGAAGCCUUGUGCCCUGAAAGUUGUUGCUUAACUGACGCCUUUGCAAUAAUGGCAGAGGGAGCCAGGGGAGAUAGCUCAAAACUGUAUGGCUUCAUCUCUCUUGAAAUACCUAAACUUCUUUCCAGUGAAGCAGAUGCUGCUAUUCCAUCAUAAUCAUUGAAGAUCCACUCCUGGAUGUGUAGUUCAGUCCUAUACAGGGCAAGGAAAGGGGAGAACUGUCCUUGACAUUUUACCAAAAAUUCUUCUGCUUGCCAACAAGCCACCUUUUGCCUUAACCUUUAGUUUAUAAAGGUAAUAAAUUUAAAAGUUGUUUUAGAUGCACAGAUACCUCUCUCUUCCCCACUCUCUUGUUUUUGUUCUUUAAUGAACAGUACUGUUUACCUCCACUUAUAAGCAUCCUUACUUAUUUCAUCAAACCCAUACCCGAGAAACAAAUAAUUUCCUUUACAACAGAUGCAUUUGUUCAUGAGAACGUAAGAGUUGCAUCUGGAAUAUUUUAGGAUGGGGAACAGUUAAAGGACAAAACAGUUGAAUAAUAGGAAGGAAAAUCUUUUACUGUAACUGCAGUGUUUUUUCUCAAAUGUGCACUUUGGGGGGAAAAAGAAUCUGCUUUAACACUACUUUUUAUUUAAUCUUUUCCCGAAUUACACAUGGUCAUUAGUUCUGUGUUAUGAUUGCCACUCAUGAGCAAGUUAUAUAUGCUGUGCUAAACAAAUUUUUGUAUUGUAUCAUAAUGGACUGUUGAUGGGAGAUAAAUGGUAAAGUUGUUGGUUGAUGUGUGGUUCCCUUGCUGGAUGUCCAAAUUAAAGCAAAUUGCAUUGUUUGUAUGCUUUUUAAAAACAUUUUCUAGGAGGUUAAUAAUUUAAUAAAUGAAACAUUAUCACUGAUAUUGUUAGUAAAUUAGAUUAGGGUUAAAUUUACUAAUCUUGUCCAUAAGUCAGCAAUUGAGUUGAAUUGUUCAGUGAGCCUGGUUUAAUCAAAUGAUUGGUCCAAGUUGAAUGUCAUCAGGAAAAUCUCCAUUUAAUCCUUGUAGCUGCUCUUUUGGCCAGGGAACUGGUAAGGGGGUGGGGGCAGAUUUUUACUUUGUUUUGUAGACAUUUUGGGAAUUUUGCACCAGUGUGCCUUCUUUUCGUAUUGGAGGUGCUUAGGACCUCCAUAUUUCUUAACUGUUGUCUGGAUUCUGCUGAUUUUCCCCAUUAGGCACACUGAAAAUGAAAAUAGGUUUGAUGGAAUUUAUGAUAUUCUAUGUGGAUGUCCCAACUAGAAUUUUACUCAAAAUGCAAUUCCUUGUGUUUAUAAUACUACAAUCAGAUUUUGAUGCCCAGUAAAAUACUGAUGGCAUGUAUCUCCUCCCUAUCUUUUUCUUAAUGUAUAGGGCUUUGUCAUUUGUGGACACAUGAGGGUGGUACUUGCGCAAUACAUUUUUCCCACCCCUUCCUCCUUGCUACAGUCUCUUGAGCCCCCACCUUCAGAUAAGCUGUUCCAGGGGCUUGAGGGACAAGUGUGGCAUACAGCCUAGUUGGCUGCUGGAGGAAGAAGGAAUCUGGAAACCAGGAGACAGUGAAGGUUUGCCCAGGGGUCGGGUGUGUGUGUGCAUGCGCGCACACAGCGGAAAUUGCUUCACUGUUGUGUGCAUGUUAUCUGUGCUGUUUAAUUUCUAUUCAGAUCAAGUUAAUUGACCUAGAAUAUUCUUGGACUAGCAUGUGUAAACAAACCCCUUUCAAACUUGGAUUUAAAUUCUAACACACAAUAGCCACCUUGGUUCUGAUCAUGUAAAACUGUCCAGAUCUUUAAAAUGUAGCUUUGGUGGAACAAUAUUCAGGUGCUGUUUAGUGAUCAUUGACCAUGGAGAUUGCAUGGGGAAGGGCCAAGUGCUGCCCUUCAGUCACUUGUCGCUAGGGAUGUGCAUGAAAUGUGAUUCGUAGUCCAAAUCACGGCACAUCUCUUUAAAAUGGAGGGAUUACACAUCCUCUUUAACAUGAAAGAGAGCAGGUGCAUACCUUCUCCGCCGCUGCACACUGCCACUUCCAUAAUCACGGUGCUCCCUGCCCCAGCAACAGUGCGCACCAGUGGUUCCCUCCCAGAGCUGCCCCCAUGCAAUGCUGGCUCGCAAUGGCCUCCGCUCCCAGCGAUCAGCAUGUGCAGCAGCCAUGUGCGUGCCAGCGUUGCAUGGGGGAAGCUAGGGGUGAGUGCUGCUGGCACAUUUUGAUAGCUAUGGGGAAUGUCAUGAUUAUAGAAGUGGCGGUGUGCAGCAGAAGAGCAGGUAUGGACCUGCUCUCCUCCAUGUUAAGGGGGAUAUGUAAUACCGUAGUGUUAAAGGGAUAUGCCAUGAUUCCGACUCCAAAUCGCAUUUCGUGCACAUCCCUACUUGUAGCAAUUCAUAAAUUAAUAUAUGCACUUGGGCUUUCCAUUUUCUGCCGUUUCAGAGCAAUAAGAUGUGGUUCCCCUGAGCUUUAUCUAGCCUGCUGCCUUGGCUUUAUUUAUAAACUGUAGUUAUGGACAGUUGCAAAGGGGUGAAAAUGUCACUGUUCGAUAUCUACUGCCUUCCAAAAAAACCCCAUAACUCGAUUGAAAAGGGUGCUCAGUUUUCUAUUCUACACAUUUUCAUUGUGUAAAUAAAUGUUUACAGUUUUAUAUUAAAGAUUGAAUAAGAGUUAGAUCUUCUGAGUGUAUAUUUUUUACUUUUUAUAGAUUUUAAAACAAUAAUUCUUUAUAUAUGUCGGGGGGUGGUUAUAAGUUUUACACUUGUUUAAAUGUUGAACAGUUGAAAUUUGAUCCUGUUUUUUGGUCAUUGAAAUGUAAAGAGCCCAUUAAUCCCCUUUUUCUUUAACUGCAAUUACUGUGGCACACCAAAAAGAAAUCUUUCACUUCUGUUUUGUCAUUAUAAAAAUAAAUAUUUUGCUAGUGUAUUAAACAA